CCGCUAAAUUCUCGGUCUACGUCUCCGCUAAAUUCUCGGUCUACGUCUUUGCUUUUAAUUCCUUUUCCUCGUUCAAUGAGAAGACCAAAAUUUUAUUGCAGAGUCGCACAUGAAUCGCAAGCUUCUCUCUCCUUUUCCAGAACACGUCAGAAUCGCUCUUGUAGUCAAAAAGAAGCUGCUUAUUCUCUUGCCCUAAUUAAGCUACCUAACUAUAGGGUUUUCCCUCUUACCUUUCCCGCACCUUAGAGAGAGAGAGAUCAUCUGACAUAUAUAGAUCUUCCUCACCUCUCAUCAGUAUACGAGCGAGAAGGAUCAAGAAUCAAGAAGUUGAUUUGUGCUGGCGAAUAAACAGUGGUGGGAUAGGGAACUAGUAGAUGCUACCGCGAUGGAGGGCGGUUAUGAGCAAGGCGGUGGAGCUUCUAGAUACUUCCAUAACCUCUUCAGACCGGAGAUUCACCAUCAACAGUUUCAACCGCAAGGCGGGAUCAACUUGAUUGACCAGCAUCACCAUCAGCAGCAGCAGCAACCGUCGGAUGAUUCAAGAGACUCAAACAAAGAUCAUCAUCAACCGGGUGGACAAGAUUCAUCAGACCGGGCUACAUCAAGCUCAGCACCUGGGAAACGUCCACGUGGACGUCCACCAGGAUCUAAGAACAAAGAUAAGCCACCGAUCGUAGUGACACGUGACAGCCCCAAUGCGCUUAGAUCACACGUCCUUGAAGUAUCUCCUGGGGCUGAUAUAGUUGAGAGUGUUUCCACUUACGCUAGGCGGAGAGGCAGAGGGGUUUCCGUUUUAGGAGGAAACGGCACCGUUUCCAACGUCACUCUCCGUCAGCCAGCCACUCCUGGAAAUGGCGGUGGUGUUGGAGCUGAGGGAGUUGUGACUUUACAUGGAAGGUUUGAAAUUCUUUCACUAACGGGAACCGUUUUGCCACCACCUGCACCGCCUGGUGCUGGUGGUCUGUCGAUUUUUCUGGCCGGAGGGCAAGGUCAGGUGGUUGGAGGAAGCGUCGUGGCUCCGCUUGUUGCAUCAGCUCCGGUUAUACUAAUGGCUACUUCGUUUUCAAAUGCGGUUUUCGAGAGACUGCCUAUCGAGGAGGAGGAGGAGGGAGAAGGCGGCGGAGGAGGAGGACCACCGCAGAUGCAGCAAGCUACAUCAGCCUCUCCGCCGUCGGGAGUGACUCGUCACGGACAGUUAGGAGGUAAUGUCGGUGGUUAUGGGUUUUCCGGUGAUCCACAUUUGCAUGGAUGGGGAGCUGGUACACCUUCAAGACCACCUCUUAAUUGAAUUUAUGUGUUUUAAUCAUUUUGUAGAGUCGUCUUUCAUUUGGAAUCUUUGGUAAUUAUUUUUGUAGUUGCAUAUUUGCGUUUUAAUGUUUUUCUGUCUUUCGUCUUGUUGCUUGUUAGAAAAGGACCAAUCCAUAUAUGUAUUUCUUUAUUUA